ACUGCGCAUGCCCGUCCGCGCCCGUGACGUCAUGGCCCCUGCCCGGCCGACGCGGAUGUGACGGCUGAUGACAGAAAGUGCCGCAUUUGGCUGAUUUGCCGUGCAGUUUGUUCCGUUCCAAUUGACUGUUGUUGGACGAGAAACCGUCGCUGCUUUUGUUCCACCUCAACGGGCAAAACGUGAGCCAGAAACUGCGGUCCUCCAGCUUCCGGUCAGCAUGAGCGGGGCGGCAUUGGGCUUGGAGAUCGUGGUGGUCUUCUUCCUGGCGCUCUUCCUGCUCCACCGCUAUGGAGACUUUGGCAAACAGCAGCGUAUGGUUCUGUUCGGAACGCUGCUGGCGUGGUACCUGUGCUUCCUCAUCGUCUUCAUCCUCCCGCUGGACGUCACCACGACCAUCUACAAGCAGUGCAAGAAGGACCAUGAGGAGCACGCUGUGAGUCCGCCCCCCGUCAAUCAGACCACGAGGAACGUUUCUCUGGCUCCCACUCAGAGUGUGCAGGCGGCGUGCCACAAGCCAUGGAGCUACAUCCCUGACGGCAUCAUGCCCGUCUUCUGGCGGGUGGUCUACUGGACGUCUCAGUGCCUGACCUGGCUGCUGCUUCCCUUCAUGCAGUCGUAUGCCCGCUCGGGGGGCUUCUCCAUCGGCGGGAAGAUGAAAACGGCUCUCAUCGAGAACGCCAUUUACUACGGAAGCUACCUGCUCAUCUUCGGCUCCUUGCUCAUCUACGUGGCCGUGCACCCCCAAUGGCGCUUGUCCUGGUACGAGCUGCAGACCAUCGGCAUCACGGCGGCCAACACGUGGGGGUUGUUCCUGCUGGUGCUGCUGCUGGGCUACGGCCUGGUGGAGAUCCCACGCUCCUACUGGGAUGCCUCCCGACACGGACACCUGCUGCUCAAGACCUACUUCAAGGCGUCCAAGCUGAUGACAGAGAAGGCGGACGCAGAGGAGAACCUGGAGGACGUCAUGGAGGAGGUGAGGAAGGUGAGCGAGGCCAUCAAGUACAACCAUCCUCUGAGGACCUGCAUCGACACCAUCCUCAGGAAGUGCCCGCCAGACUACCAGGAGAAAAUGGGUCGGAACAUGGACGACUACGAGGACUUUGACGACAAGCAGACGUUUCCCAGCGAGAAGAGUCUGGUCAAGCUCCACAAGCGGGUGAUCUACGCCGUGCAGAGACACAACCGGACUCGCGUCCAAUGGCAGAUCCUCCUGCAGCAGGCCUUCCACCUGGAGGACGUGGCCAAGAACGAGACCAGCUCCACUCGCCAGUUUGUGCACAGCUUCCCGCGUUCGCAGCCCGCCGGGUGGUUCUGCCGCUACAUGUACACACCCACCGUAGAGUGGUACUGGGAGUGUCUCCUCAAGCGCUGGUUCUACCGCUUACUCUCGCUGGUCCUGACCCUCUUCAGCGUGGUCGUGGUCUGGUCCGAGUGCACCUUCUUCAGCACCAAGCCCGUCCUGUCGCUGUUCGCCGUCUUCAUCCAGCUAGCCGAGCGGGACUACAACUACGUGUACAUCCAGGUGGCGUGCUUCAUUACCAUCUUUUUCCUGUGCACCUGCGUCUACUCUACCGUCUUCCGCAUCCGGGUCUUCAACUACUACUACCUGGCGUCCCACCACCAGACGGACGCCUACAGUCUGCAGUUCAGCGGCAUGCUCUUCUGUCGUCUGACGCCCCCGCUGUGUCUCAACUUCCUGGGUCUCAUCCACAUGGACGCAGCCAUCUCGCACCAGCAGAAGGAGCAGACGGCCUACACCUCGAUCAUGGGCUCCAUGCGCGUGCUGUCCUUCGUGGCUAACGGCUUCUACAUCUACUACCCCAUGUUGAUCGUCAUCCUGUGCAUCGCCACCUACUUCAGUUUGGGGACGCGUUGUCUGAACCUUCUGGGCUUCCAGCAAUUCAUGGGUGACACUGAAAUGACCUCUGACCUGAUGGAGGAGGGCAAGGAGCUGAUUCGCCGCGAGAAACGAAAGCGGCAAAGGACGGAGGACGGCGAGAACAGGCGGCGAGAGUGGAAGGAGCGCUACGGAAGCCAGAGGGAAGAGCAAAGUGCGAGGAGCAGGACCAAACACGAUGCCAAGGAGAGCGACGCUAACGACAGACAGGUCAAGUAUUCGCGGGGCGGGGGUCGUGCAGAGCGCGAUCGGGUGGAGCUGCUCCAGGACGCCGAGCCUCUGGACUUCAACGCCGAUUCUCUAGCGGAUGAAGCAGUGGACUCUGAGUGCGGCAGACACGCGGGAGGACGCUAUCUGUCCAUGUCAUCGUCCCGCAGUCGGAUAUUUGAUGACGUCUAACAGGGAAGGCGUCUUCCUGUCCUCAACCUCAUGAGCACCUCCACGUGCUCCCCCUCCUCCCAAGGACGCCCAGUGAUGAAGCACUUCCGUCGUCAUGUGUGGGUGAAGGGCGGCACUUUGCCCGCCAGAGGGCAGAAGGACAAGCACGUGAUGAUGUACUGCCCGGAUGUGGAGCAAAGUGUUGUAGCGUGAAUGAAUGUGACAUAUUUAUACUUCCUGACUGUCAUUAAAAGUUCCUCCAAGGUUCUCCAACUGUG